UCGCUUACGCGCCUGUGAAGAAUUGCCAGCUCAGCAUUGCUUCUCCAGCUGCAGACGUCCGCCCCAUUCAACGCACACGUUGCAGGCCUUACAAUGCGUGAGACCCGUCUUUGACCGCUCAGAGCAAACUCUCCUUUGCAUUUAGCUGCAUUCGACGAGCCAUGGUCGGAUCUUCUGCAGAGCAGGCUUCGACAUCGGCUACGAGACGUGCAGUAGGGUACAGUGCUUCUGUUGUUGCCUCUAGGAAUCGCCUCAGUAGCCUUGCUCAGGCCUUUCCUGGAGCCUUUCUCUCCCAGCUUCGGAACCUCUGGAGCGACAGACAGCCGGUCACAUCACGCAGAAGCAAUUCUGCCGUCAGCGAGACCGACCCAAAUACUUCUUCCGUGCAGUUGACCGGAUCGGCAUCCAAUAUCGUUGCAUCUCAUCUGCCACUCGUGCAACGGCCGGCUAAGUCGAAUAGCUCCAACGUCUCGAUCUCGUCCCGUCCGGUCGUAGUCAAGACAUAUACUCAAGUUGACAGAUCUCGGCCGUCAUCCGCCAGUACGUCCACCCGUGGUCAAGCACGGUCAAUGACUACGAGUGCAAGUCUACCACCCGUCGACGCAUUCUCUUUCGACGGAAUACUUCGAGCCAUUGAGCCUGAAAUCAGCGAUGCAAUAGAAGGGAUAGCCGAGAUUUACGCACGCAGCAGACUAAGUCUUGCUGAUGAAUACGGAUCACAUCUUCCACCGCAGGGCGAGAUACUAUCUCAUCGGGUGAGGCAUAGUGGGCUCGCAAUACGGACAGCCGGACUAGAGAGGACUUUGACCACGGUUACGGAGGCUUCAUCCAGCAGUGAAAGGCUUGCAGGAGGAAGUAAGGCCGGCUCGGUUGCGUCCGGAAAGGGCAAAGUCACUGCAUACGGCUCAUUGAGGAGUAUUAUUUCAAGAGGAAGGUCUAGCUCACACAGCUCCGCGCCAGCGGAGACGCCGACAGGAGCUCAGCCUGAGUCUGCUACUUGGAGCAUAAGAGCUGAUAAAGACGCAUUUAUUACGAUAAAAAAGCAGAACGCUGCUCCUAUACAACUGUCGCUCGCAUCGGUUGCCGAGAUUCCUCGAGCCAAAGUCGCUCCACCUACCGUUGAGGCCGGCAUUACGGGCGAAGCGGCACCUGGGUCACAACAUGCGUCCGCUUCGUGGCUUGUAUGGAGAAGGUCGAACUCUGUGGCUGAUGAAGGAACCGCUUCAGAACGGGUUGAUGCCGAAAGCGCCUUGAGAAGCGUUCUCCGAAGUAUGGGCGGGUGAAGAAGCCGACUACAAAGGAUGAUGUGCACAAAUUAAAGACCAGCAUAAGAUACGAAGCGUCACGAUGCUCACGAACGUCACGAUUCAUUACGACUAUAACGAAAAAUUACGAAGAUACGAAUUUGACGACAACAAGACCCUGCGAAGGACAGAUUGCUUUGCAAUUAUGAUGACGGGUGGCAAAUCUGAUGGAAAAAAACUAUAGCAUAGCCUCAUUUCACCCUCAUAACAACCUGUUUUCUUCUUCGCUUCAAUGACACAUCGGCUGCUCAGAUAGUUUGACUUAAGAUGUCUCUGGUCACGUGUAGCGGACUUUAGCAAGUGCAUUUAUGGGCGCUGGAUGAUGAAUCUGAAGAUUGCAUUUGACAAAGCAAA